AUGACUAAACGAAUGCACAGGGAGGUCCGGUUUGGAUCGUACGUGCUUGGCUCCACCCUCGGAGAAGGCGAGUUUGGCAAGGUCAAACUAGGAUGGAGAAAAGACGGAAAUUUUCCUUCCCAAGUAGCGAUCAAAUUGAUCAAACGUGAGUCAAUCCAAAAAGAUUCGGAUUCAGAAAUCAAAAUCCACCGAGAAAUCAACUCAUUGAAACUCCUUAAUCACCCCAAUAUCGUCAAUCUCGUGGAAGUGAUGAAAUCAGGUAAAUAUAUUGGAAUUGUCCUCGAAUACGCCAGCGGCGGGGAAUUGUUUGACUACAUUCUUCAACACAAAUUUCUCAAGGAAAACGUGGCCAAAAAACUUUUUGCCCAACUUGUAUCUGGUGUCGACCACAUGCAUGCCAAGGGCCUUGUUCAUCGUGACCUCAAGCUCGAAAACUUGCUUUUGGAUAAACACAAAAAUGUCAUUAUUUCCGAUUUUGGUUUCGUCAACUCCUAUAACCGUGAUAAGUCUGACUACAUGAAGACUAGCUGCGGCUCUCCAUGCUACGCUGCCCCGGAAUUGGUGCUCACCCAGUCACCGUACGAGGGAAGAAAAGUUGAUAUUUGGUCCCUUGGCGUGAUUCUUUAUGCUAUGCUUUCUGGUUAUCUUCCCUUUGAUGAUGAUCCCGAGAAUGAAGAUGGUGCCGAUAUCGUCAAAUUGUACCACUACAUUUGCAGAACUCCUCUCACGUUCCCAGAAUAUGUGUCACCUCUUGCUCGUGAUUUACUCAGAAAGAUCAUUGUACCAGACCCUAAGAAACGUAUCACUCUCAAUGAGAUCCGUGAACACCAAUGGCUAGCACCUUAUAAGAACUUGCUUGCGAUAAGACAGCCCGAUUGGGACAAGAUGCAUCGUGAUAGAAAGAUAGCUGCUGCAUCGGCAGCGUCUGGAAAUCACCCCAACACGGCUGCAAAUGCCUCGAACCGGUUUUCGAUGGUCAAUGAGAGAACAAAUAGUUAUCUCAUGAAUGCUCAAGGAGGAAGAGGAAGAUCGGCUUCUACCAUCAGCAACAAUGGCCAUAUUUAUGCAAAUCCUCCAGUGGCCACCACAUCAUCGUCUCUCACCACCGCCGUGGGUCAAACCGAGAAAACACCUUCACCAACAAAGCAAUUCCCAGUUAAUGCAUACCGUACUCAUGCCAAAUCUGCCUCGGUUUCAAACCCUUACUACACCGCCAGUUCGGCAUUAAUGGCAGUGGUAUCUGAAAGUGAAAAACGAAACUCGGUGACACUGUUGGAACAGGUUUACCUGAAACCCACUGCUCAUGUUCCUCCCGCUCACAAAUCCAAGACUCAACUUCCUGCUCCUAUCGCUCGCUCAACCACUUAUACCGGAACACCAAUCUCUACUAUUGUCGAGAGUCCUACAAGAUUGACGUUUGACCGUCCAGCAUUUGAAUACGUUGAACCCCAGCAAGCAUUGGAACAACCUUUUACCCACAUGUCAGCACACAAUCGUCUUCCACAGACAAAGAAGCCACGUCCUACAUCUUACCAUCCUUCUUCGUUAUCGUCAUCUAUGGGCUCUGGUAAUUCCAGCAGCGCUCUGCUAUUUGAUUACUUCAAGAUACCCACUGGGGUAAAUCUCCCUUACCCUAAUAACGUUUCUCCCACCAGAGGAUCACCAACUUCAGACACUUCGUUGACGUUUACUAACGAAAAUGUACUUCUGGGAAGUCCAGUUUCGAAGGACAGGUCGUCGGCAUCUUUGGAUUCUCGCAGAAACUCGGUGGUUACACAUGUCCACGUUAAUGGCGUGUUGACUAGUGAAAUGAACAGCCAUGAGAAUAAGCGAAAUUCCGUGCUUAGCUAUUUGGAAGAUAAGAUCGACGGACUUGACCUUGAUAUGGAUGAACGGGCCGAACAAGAAGAUACCACCAUUACUCCACAGAUCAACCAGGCCCCCGUGUUUGACUCGCAGGUAGUGUCGCCCGUACAACCUGAGAAUGAAGGUACGAUGACUACACCUUUGGACUCCAAACAGCCCCAACAGAGCGAAACGUCAGAAGCCCCCGACAAACAAGACCGCAAGGUCGAAGAGACGUCGCAUCCAGAUUCGCUGGUCGAAUCUGAGGUGUAUCCUGAAGAAAGAGAACCAAUAGUUUUCAUUGAGGAUCACUAUGGUCCAAAGGAGAAAUCGUCAGAAGCCAUUCAAAUUGUCAAAGAAAGGUCUCGCGAGACCGGUGACUCUGAUGUUUUUUUGGUGAAGCCAGAAAGAAAAACCAAGGGCCAUAAUAGGGGCAAGUCUGUUGAUACUCAAUCGAUAGCGAGCAAGAGAGAAAAGAGACGAGACCAAGUCCACCAAGAGAAUAAGGAAAACCGCGAUGCGAAAAAGAAAAACAGAUUCAGUCUUCUCUCGUUCUACAGCACCUACAACUCGUCAUCCACCAGCGUCAACUACAUUCCUCCACCAUCCACCAACCGUAGAGCGUUGGAACCCACUUCUGACAAUCACUCCAACGACACCAGUCUGUCGAAAGGAAGCACGAUGAAACGACCCCCAGCAUCGUCCGGCUCCACAUCCACGACUUCCACGGGAUCUGCCAGGGAAGCCAGUGCAGCUCGCAAAGUGAUGGACUUCUUCAAGCGCCGAAGCGUCCGAAUUAAUUAG